GCUUUGUGGGGGAUGUGUGUAGUAGCUUUCUGUCUCUGAGUUAAGGUGUUUUAGUGCCGAGUUUGCGGUCUGAACUCAGCCUUGUUGCUGCUGCUCUAUUUCCUGUUCAAUACCCGCGGCUCCAUCAGCAGCUCUCAAACCUGCAAACACAUCGUAAACUCCACUGAGGGCAAGUUGCAGAUUGAUUCACACUGAGACUUCAGUUAAUCUUCUGCUGUCACCAACACCUCAACCUCUUUCUGGAAGUUUCGAGAAUAAACAAGCAGCGGCGAUCGCACCGGGAUUAAGCAGUCUCCGCCUCAGUCUCCCUGACCAUGAAGACGCUGGCACAAUGCUCCAUCACCGUUUUAACUGCGGCCAUUCUGCUACGUGGGAGUUCAGCUCAUGAAUACAUGACACACAAUGAGAACGAAGUGACUUUAAAUUGCCCACUCAACGAUCCUAAAAUUUCCUGGAAAGACACGAAUGACCAAAGAGUAUCGACUGACGACGACCGAACCCUCAAGUUAGUUUUCCGCAACGGCAUCGUAGAGUCCCACGUCUAUUGUGAAAGUGAUGAAGAAAAAUACCAUUUUUAUAUCAACAUGAAAGUUUGUAAAGAUUGUAUUAACCUCGAUCCAGGCACGGUGAUUGGAAUCAUUUGUGGAGAUAUGUUAUUUACCCUCUUGGUGGUCAUGGGCGUUUAUUGUUUUGCCAAGAAGCGAGGAGGAAACUCGAAAGAAUUCCGCCAUCCGCAGUUUGAACCCAUGGAGACUCCAGCAGGUCGAAGUGCCAAUGUGACAGCUUCCCAUCAACAAUCUCAUUACGCGCCAAUCAAAAGUGGACAGCGAGAUGUUUAUGACAAAUUGCAGCGAUAAAUCCGAGUGAGAAGGGAGUGAGAAAUGGAUUUCCUGGAUCUCCUACAACUCCUGGAUCUCCUAGACUUUCUGGACCUCCUGGACCUCUUGGAUCUUCUGGAUCUCCUAGACCUCCCAGAUAUCUCUCACUGUCCUCCCCACAAGUACCCAACAGUAUAAACACAAAUCUGUCUUAAACUCCUCGACUUUCCUGAAGGAAGUGCUUUGUACUUCAUUGGGACUGUUUUCUUCCGACUAGUAGUAAGUCAUUUGACCAUGGGGUAUCACUGAUGCCGGUACAUUUACAGUAAGAAUGAGAGACAUUGGUGAGAAACUCUUAUGCUAUUAGAUAUCUCAACAAAAUUUCCUCUUACCCUUCUCUUCUCCAGGGAGAGCAAUCCCAACUUCUCCACUGUCUACACAUUCCCUGAAGUCCCUCACCCUGGAACCAUCUUUGUAAAUCUCCUUGAUCCAGGUGUGGUGCCCACGAUAGAGACUCCCAGCUGGACUCUAACCAGUGUUUAAACUAGUUUAAGUUAAAAUGCCUUUGAUUUUGUCCUUUAUGUUUGUUUUUAAAGCCAACGCUCCAUUUGCUUUCUUAAAAAAGUAUCUGACACUGUCGCUGAAUCAGUCUGAUGGUGUUGUAUCCUGUGAAGGUUCAGCUUUUACUCAAUGUCCCAGUCCCACUGUGCUCACUGGGAGAACCAUGUGAUAGUGUUAAUGCACAUUCACAAUCUUCCCCAUUAGGCACAAACCUUCAAUCAGACAAUGUCCCCAAGUCAAACCUGGUCCACAGCAACCAACUAAGUAUCUGAGAUAGUAUGAACUGCCGAUGCUGGAGUCUGAGAUAACACAGUGUGGAGCUGGAGGAACACAGCAGGCCAGGCAGCAUCAGAGGAGCAGGAAAGCUGAUGUUUCAGGUCGGGACCCAUUUUCUGAAGAAGGGUCCCAACCCAAAACAUCAGCUUUGCUGCUCUUCUGAUGCUGCCCAACCAAAUAUCUGAAUCAGUUUUAAUAAAGAACUGAAGAUGCUGGGAAUCUGGAACAAUGACCGGAAUUGCUGGAAAAUCUCAGCCAGUCUGCCAGGACCUGAAAUAUUAACUUUGUUGCUCUCUUCACAGAUGCUGCCAGACCUGCUGAGUUUCUCCAACAAUUUCUCUGUUGUUUCAUCUUUCUCUGUUUCUCAGGCUGUGUUUGUUUGAAAGUGUUUUUGUGAUGCUCAGUUGUCCAGUCUAUCAGCCAUGUCCUUUAGUUAACAAUAUUUAACAAUUCGUUGAAGGAAUAACUAAUCAGCAGAGUUGUUUCUUUUGUUGAUGGUGUGAGAAGGCGUCAGGUGACCCUGAACAACAGGAAGUCCGCUCACUUCCUGUCUGCUUGUGGCCACCAAUCAGCAAAUCCCAAUUAUUGACAUCUUAAGAGUCAUCAUUUGCCGUGGGUUUAAUGGGACCCAUGUAGCUGGGAAUUAGUUCAGAGGCUAGAGACACUAACAAGUACCUCAAUUAUUGACCAACUCAAAGCCUCCUGUCAGCAACAAGCCCUGGAUCAGGAGGUGAGGGAACACUCAGCACUCACUUGAGAGGGACACAUAAUAAACCCAACACCUUCCAAAUUGAAGCAAUUCCAUUUAUCAGGGCCUCCAUCAUGUUGCUCCAUACACACUCCCUUCACAGUACCAGUAGUGUGUACCGUCUACAAGAUGCACUGCAGAAAUUCAGCAAAGAUCCUCAAAUCCACAACCACUUCCACUUAGAAGUACAAGGGCAGCAGAUACAUGGGAAGGCUAUGCCCUGCGAGUUCCCCUCCAAGCCUUUCACCAUCCUGAUCCCUAACUGCCUUUAGGCAAGUGGUGGUGAGCUGCCUUCUUGAACCAAGACUGUCCUUGGGGAGAUAAUCGAUCCCCACCAACCACAUAAUCUUCCUGUGUGCACGGUAUGACUCCAAACACCAAAGAGUUUUCUUGCUGAUUCCAAUUAAUUCCAGUUUUGCUGGGGCUCCUUGAUGCCAUAUUUGGUUCAAAGCAGACUUGUUGACAAGGGCUGUCACUCUGACCUCACUUCUGGAAUUCAGGUUUUUGACCAUGUGUGAACCAAGACUGUAAUGAGGUUAGGAGCUGAGUGGCCCUGGCGGAACCCAGACUGGGUGUCGCUGAGCAGGUUAUUAUUGAGCAGGUGCUGCUUGAUAGCACUGUUGGUGACAGCUUCCAUCACUUUACUGAUGAUCGAGAGUAGACUGAUGGGGCAGUAAUUGGCUGGGUUGGAUUUGUCCUGCUUUUUGUGUAAAGGACAUACUUGGGCAAUUUUCCACAUUGUCGUGUAGAUACCAGUGUUGUAACUGUACUGGAACAGCUUGGCUAGGGAAGCAGCAAGUUCUGGAGCACAAGUCUUCAGUACUAUUGCUGGGAUGUUGUCAGGGCCCAUAGCCUUUGCAGUAUCCAGUGUCUCCAACCGUUUCUUGCUGUCAUGUGGAGUGAAUCGAAUCAGCUGAAAAUUUGUACCUGUAAUACUGGAGACCGCUGGAGGAGGCCGAGAUGGAUUAGCCACAUAGUACUUCCGGUUGAAGAUUGCUGUGAAAUUGAGGAUGGGGAUAUUUGUGGAACCUCCUCCUCCAGUGAGUUGUUUAAUUGUCCACGUCCAUUCACCAUUGGAUGUGGCGGGAUUGCAGAGCUUAGAUAUAAAUUCGUUGAUUGUGCAAUCAUUUAGUUCUGUCUGUCACGUGCUGCUUAUGCUGUUUGACAUGCAAGUACAGGCAGUUCCACUAUAAUGUGUGUUCCGGCAUUGCGAAUUGGCUGUAAUGCCAUUGACGAAUAUGGGAAUGAUAUUUCUAAAGUGCAAACUUGUGUUGGAUAUAACACGAUUCCGUUGCUGUGCUGAGGAGUACGUGUAGAUGUCACAUGAUUGUUUCACGGGCUUUGUUGUGAAUAUGUACAAUGUUAGCGCUGAAAGAGUCUCUGCGCCAGUAUCACAUGAUCAUUUCAUGGGCUUUGUCGUCAAGUGCUUUUUGUGAGAGUUUCAGUACAACCUCCUCCCCCAUGGUUUCGAGGUAAAGUGUUAAAUUUACUUUUAUUUCAUUAUUAGAUAUGAAUUAAACAUUUAUUCAAAUUGUGUUA